AUGGACGAAAAUCCCAAGACCCUUCGCGACGCGACGGAUAAGGAUCAAGAGCCUGCCUCGUCUUUUAAGUUCAUCCAUCUCCCACCAGAAAUUCGUGACCACAUUUACACAUUGGCACUCUCAUCGCCCUCUCCAAUAGUCGUAUGGAAAGGAAAAUGGGGCUUUCUCAGCAGACCUCCCGAUUCUUCUUACACAACGGUCAUAGAUGUUGUCAAAAGAUCUAUGGCAACAGAUGCUCUAUGGAUCGAUGCUUCUAUCACCAAAACCUGCCUCACGAAAUAUUCCACGAAUCUGUUUUACUGUAACAAGAAGCUUGGAGGAGAAGCCGUCAAGGUCUUUUAUAGGAAGAACGUGUUUGCCUUCGUCGGAGAUCACAAUUGGGAUUAUAUUCUGUCUUGGCUAUUUAAGAUUAACGAGCGAAACAGAAGUUACCUAUCUAGGCUAGAAAUUGACGCCUGUCGUCCCGAAGAGGUCUGGCAGAGUGCUAAUGGCGAGAGAAAAUCGGGUCUUGACCUUUUCAAAGAUCCCAUAUUCCCCCGCAGCCCACAUCUUCAAUUUCGUACUCCUCUUAAAUAUGGAUGGGUUGAAAAUAUCAGCCCUACAGUGGAAAUAAUCUUUGAAUUAUUAGGAAAGAAACGAUCUUCACAGCUUGCGAUCGAUUUUAAGUUGAGCACCGAUUAUCCAGGACAAGGAAUGGUUUUUCGUGUAGAUGAUCACUAUCCGCAACAGGGCUGGUGCGGCAUGGACUUACCGAAUCUCAUAGAGAAGUUUAGAUCACUUUAUUCAACACCGCUGCAAAAGUUGGGCUCGUCCAAGCCUCUGAUAGACGUGAUCUGGACUGGGAAAUGUCCAACAGUGAUAGUGGAAAGAGAAUACAAGAAGUAUAGUAGAACCACUAUCGAAGAUCACAUGGAAAACAUCGCGGCUCGAGGGUGGGAGAUCAAGUUAUCUCCAAUGGAAGAAGAACAUUGGGAGUGGGGUUUGUGUAAUUCUUACGACGAUGAGGAUGACCUGGAGGAAAAGCACAUUCCAACCUUUGUGCUAAGAAAGAAGCUUCUCGAAGAGCCGCUUCUGGGAGAUGAUCCGAACCCGUAUUCAGGCGCCGGCGAGCCGUUUACAGCAGAGGAACGCGAACUUGAACGGACAAAUCACUAUUACGAUCAAGCAAUCCCUCCCUCGACUUUCGUGAAGUAUCCUCCUUACGGAGUCUUCUAA